AGGAUGCUUACCGUUUGGUCUCAUCCUGAAUCUUACGUCCUUCCGCCGGAGGAACAAGGUGGUAAAGCGUCACCGACAAAUUCUGAAGAUUACAAGACACCGCCAGAGGAUGAUCCGAUGACUGAAUGUCGCACACCAGACGUUGGGAAUUCGAAGCUGAGUCGAUAUCUGACUAGGUCAUUAAAAAAAGCAGAGCUAGAAGGGAAAUGUAUUCCAAUAAGCUCAACCAAAAAAGAUGACCUCCAGACGAAGCGUAUUCCGAGACGUUCAACAAAGAUUGGAGGAGUGUACACCCCAGACAAGAGAUUGAAGAAGCUUUUCCAAAGCUGCAAGAAACCCAAAUAUACGCCCUUAGCAGACUUGGAGAAAGCGCAGUUUCAAGAGUUUCAGUCAAUUCUCCGCGAGAAACCGGCACAGGAAUUCGAAAUUGUUAUUGGGAUCCAUGUCUCAAAUAAGUUCUUCCUGUCGUUGGCGCGGCCAACAAAUUGGGUCAGUACCGAGCACAUUUCUGUGCUAAUUAGUAUGCUAGUAAGGCGACAUGGACGCAAUUAUCUGAGUCGGAGGUGCAGAUUUGUAGACUACUUCAGUAUUGCGGGCAUCAUAUCAAAGUUCGCAGAGUUCGAGAAGGCCUCAGAUAAAUUGGGAUUCAACUGGGGAGGGCUUGUCAGUUUCAGUUUCACCGGAAAAACGCCGCGUCGGAAUGACAAGAAGGUGUUGUUGGUUGAUGUGGACAGGGUGUACGCCCCAAUGAUGUGGGGAAAAGAUCAUUGGGUUGGUCUUGUGAUCAACUUGACAUGCAGACAAGUGGAGAUUUUGGACUGCAACAUUCCCCUUAAUGAGUCCGAUAAUGAGGUGAACAAGCACAUGGCUUAUCUUCUACGCGCAUUGCCUCAUGUCUUAGCUGCGUUUUCGCCUCCUUCCGAUAGUAGUCAUCCUGAAGAAGACCAAGCAUUUUCAUGGGUGCGUCCAGACAAUAUUUACUUCAACGAAAGGUCUGGCGACUGUGGACCAUGCGCGGUCAAAUUUCUGGAAAUGCAUGCAGCGGGAUACUCCUAUGAGGAUAUGGGGCAGAUCGAUGACAAAAAGGUGGACAUAUUCCGUCAGAAAUACGCGAUGGAUACCUAUGAAGAAUUUAUUGGAAACGCAAAAGUUCAAAACGAUGGUUGAA